AUGGCUCCCCCACCAGUGCGCUCGACGGUUGACAGACUCGAUCGACCCAGCGCAUACUAUCUCAACAAGAACCGUCGCAGACGCGAUGACGAUAGACAAGACGAAGGCGAGCCGCAACCCGAUCCUCUCGCCGACGCCACAACGCUCUACGUCGGCAACCUAUCCUUCUACACAACCGAGGAGCAGGUGUACGAGCUCUUCACCAAGUGCGGCGAGAUCAAGCGGCUGAUCAUGGGCCUGGACCGGUUCAGUAAGACGCCGUGCGGCUUCUGCUUCGUCGAGUACUACACACACCAGGACGCGCUCGACUGCCUCAAGUACGUCGGCGGCACCAAGCUCGACGAGCGCGUCAUCCGCACCGACCUCGACCCGGGCUUCGAGGAGGGCCGCCAGUACGGCCGCGGCAAGUCGGGCGGCCAGGUGCGCGACGAGUACCGCGAGGACUUUGACGAGGGACGCGGCGGCGUCGGCAGGGCCCUGCAGGCUGGCGACGACCGGGCCUACGACGAGGAUAAGUAA